CAUGCUGAAACCAAUAUGAUGUGCAUGUACAUUGCACAUACACAUGUGUACCCAAGUGCAGUGAAUGAACGCAAUGUACAGUUCUUAGUACAACAGCCUAUUAUAAAUAUGACGGAUAGUUACGUUAAUUUAAGCGAUGUCGAGAUACAACGGAAACUAACGCAAUUGGGAUUUCCGAAAACUCCAGUUACAGAAACCACUAGACCAUUACUGAUAAAGAAAUUGAUGAAACAUAUGAAAAAUGAGAAGCUUAAAAAAGGAAAAGUAACAAACUAUGUGCUUUACUCCAAGGAUAAUAAUAAGCCACAAGUACACAAUUCGCCACCAAUUGCACUACAAGAAUAUUCGAAUCUCUUUGAUAAUGGGCUUGAAAACAACAAUGAUAUUCGAGCCUAUAAAAAUCCGACGGUUUUGUACAAAAAUGAUGUAAAUGUGAAUUCAGUGCAGAGCUCUGCCUCAAGGAUGUAUGCGCCACCUCCUGUUAUGGCUUUAAAUUAUGAUGAUAACGAACAACAUGCUUUAAAUAUUGCCAACAAAUUUCGUAAACCGCGCUCAACAAUACCUUGUGAUACCUCAUCGUCAUCUACAUCCUAUGCAAAAAUCAAUGGCAAACCCAACAUUUGUGAUGGUGGUGUUGUAAAUCGACUGCUUAGUUUUCGAGAUACCUCUACAAAAAAGAAAAAAUUCAACUCCAAAGAUGGCUAUAGCACAGUCCCAAUGUCAAAUGCGUUUAUUAAAAAUGGAUUGAUCCAAAAACUUGUCGCAUUCGAUUUGAAAUCGUUCCUAAAGAAACCUGACAUUAGUUUGCACAUUAUACCACAUGUACUUAUUGCGUCCUUUGUCAUAUUUCUAGCAAUGAUUUCUGUUUUGUAUGUGGCAAAGAAAUUUUACUUGAGCCCCAUUUCUCGCACGGACUUAAGAUAUACGAUAUGCGGACCCAACGAUAAAGACUUGCUGUUCUCUUCACCGACAACUGUCACAUGCAUUAGUGAAGAUCUAUUCAAAAAGGCCGUGUACAUAAGUGAGGAACUUUUCAAGUACUUAAAUGAAAGAGCACGGUUGCAUCACUGUAUUGAUAAGGAGCAUUCACCAACACUUGAACUGGAUGAUUUGAAGAAAGCGCUAAGUGAAAACAGUAAUGUGCUCAAAGGCAACACUCAAAAAAAGCUGCUGGCCACGCAGUAUUUAAUUGGUCAAAAUCCACAAUGGAUGAUCAAGACGAUUGUCUCAACGCUAAACUCAUCCGAUGACAUAUCAUUCGAGUUGACGGAACCGAAUCUGCCAAUUAAGUGCAUUAUACAAAAAAAAAUGUCACGCUUUUUUACUGCUAUCGGAUUGCUGCUUCUCGUGGCAUUAGUUUGCUUAAUUGUUUAUCUUUCCGUGGCUUUUUAUCGCAUACGACAAAAGGAAAAACUUUUGGCCGCAGAGCAUUUUAUCAAGGACAUAAUCAAUGAACUGAUGUAUCAAAGUUCGGUAUCGGAGAAUUCGGAAGUUAUAAUUAAUGAGUUGCAAGACAAACUCUUACCAGCUCACAAGCGAUCGAAACUAUUGAAUUCGUGGAACAAGGCUUUAAAGACGCUUGAGGGAAACGAUAACCGUGUGCUCUUUGGUAUGAUUGCCCGAAAUGGCGAACAACUUCGUACUAUGACAUGGAAUAAGAAUUUAGGUAAUAAGGAAGUGAGUACCUCAAAAAAAUGGCAAAGUUCAGCAUUUGAUAACUCUAACAAAAUCCUAAAUCCGCCAACGUCUUGCUUGAAAAUCAGGCAUAUGUUUGAUCAAUCCGAAGUUGAACAACCCAACCUGAGACAAAUGAUCGUUGAAUCCAUAUUCGAAAAGGUUGGCUCAAAUUGCAAAAUAUGCGAUGUUCAACUUGAUAAGCAAUCGUGCUGCGUUUAUAUUCGCUGCGCAACUGAAGCUGACGCUGGAAUGGUUCACAACGAAAUCAACGGAUGGUGGUUCGAUAAGAAACUAAUUUCAAUCAAAUUUCUGCGACUUGAACGCUAUUUAAGUCGUUUUCCAAAAUCUUUAGCUGAACCCAUAUACUUUAAAUCCCCCAACACAAAUUAAGUUGUUUAUCUUAAUAAGCUUAUAUAAGAUUUUUAAAUAAAUAUU